AUGUCUGAGACAGACGAUAUAGCGCAAAUCGCUAACAUUCGUGUCCAUAAUCGGAUGAGGAACAACAGCAUCUCUUUCGAAAACGCCAAGCUUGAGUGGGGCAAGUUCUACUUGGGCGAUGAAUCGCAUGAGAUCCCUGCCAGCGACAUCGACAAAAUUGUUGUCUCUCCUGGUUCAAUGGAGAUUGCCCAAUCAUGCGGUCGUAAGAGUACCUCGACCGGUGUUGAAGGUACCAUGGAUCUUUAUGACGGGAAGACGAAAAUCUGCAGUCUCUACUGGGAGUCUCCUUACUUCUCGACUAGCAACUCCUUCAAAACUACAGGCUAUGAUCCCGUAUCUUCUCCAUAUGCAAUGACGGUUGAGCCCUGGAAUCAUGGCCCUGGAGCCUUGGGAGAUGUUAACAUUACGAUUGCUUUAAUGGCAACAUAA